UCCCAAUGGGAUUGGAACAAGGAUUUUGAUUUUCCCAUAACCUUAAACUUUUGCUCAAAAAGGAACCCAACUUUCCAAAUCUACACACAAACUCAGAACCUAUAUGUGUCCCCUGUUUGGCUGCACAGAAAAUAAACACGAGAAAAUUUCUCUACUGGGUUUCUCGGGAAAAUAUUUAGAUGGGAAAACGGAUUCUGAUGAUUCUGGUUCUGGUUUCGAUGAUUGGGUUUGCGACGUGCUCGGAAAAUGAUGGAGAGGAAAGAAAAUGCGAUUUCUACAGCGGAAAAUGGGAAUUUGAUUCCGAGUUUCCGCUGUAUAACUCGUCGGAAUGUCCUUUCAUUCGGAAGGAAUUUGAUUGCCUCAAAUAUGGCCGCCCUGACCGCCUUUAUCUUCAUUUCAAAUGGCGCCCCCUCAACUGCAAUUUGCCUAGAUUUGACGGAGUGGAUUUGUUAGAAAGGCUAAGGGGGAAGAAGAUAAUGUUUGUGGGAGACUCCAUAAGCAUGAAUCAAUGGCAGUCACUUGCAUGUUUGCUUCAUGCUGCAGUUCCUCAUUCCAAUAUUAUUCAACAAACCAAUGGCGAUAUUCGCACCAUCAAAUUCCAGGAUUAUGGAACUUCAUUGAUGCUAUUUCUAAGCCAUUACUUGGUGGAUAUUGAAGAGGAACACAAUUUUGGGAGAGUUUUGAAGCUUGAUUCUAUUAAAAGUGGUGAAAUAUGGAAGGAUAUGGAUGUUUUGAUCUUCAACACUUGGCUUUGGUGGUAUCGCAGUGGACCUACACAACCGUGGGAUUACAUUCAGAUCGGUAACAAGACACUGAAGGACAUGGAUCGAAUGGAAGCUUUUCGCCAUGGAUUAACAACAUGGGCAAAUUGGGUUGAUUCAGAUCAACUUGAUACAACCAAAACAAGAGUCUUCUUUCAAGGAGUUUCUCCGUCUCAUUACCAUGGCAGUGACUGGAAUGAGCCAGAAGCAAGAAACUGUGCAAAGGAAAGCAGCCCAUUACUUGGCUCAACAUACCCAGGUGGUCUGCCAGCAGCAUCAUUCACAGUUCAACAAGUAUUGGCAAGAAUUAAAAAGCCAAUUCAUUUGCUGAACAUCACAACUCUUUCACAGCUUAGAAAAGAUGCACAUCCAAGCAGCUACAAUGGCUUCAGGGGAAUGGACUGCACACAUUGGUGCAUUGCUGGCCUUCCUGAUACUUGGAAUCAACUUCUCUAUGCUGCUCUCAUUUCUUAACUUCAACACAUAGUUAGCAAAAGAUCAAUUUGUGUUUAGUUUCUUCGUGUUCGGUAACGUCUUUGUUUUUGAAUCUUCAAUAAAAUUGAAAUAGAGGGUAGUAUAAUGGUCUCAUUCAUUUCAAUGAAAUGAUCAAGUUAGGGGUCGGUUUGGUAUGCAAUUUGGACUCUGUAACUUGUUUUUUUAUUUAAUGAAUAUCUGU